AUGGACUUACUGGGCGAUAUAGUGGAGAAAGAUACAUCUGACUCUGUUGAAAGUAAUGACAAUGGCACUCUUAGUACCAACAACUGUGGAACGGGAUUUCCCGAGUUGUACAAACCCAAGAAAAUAUCAUCUUGGAAGGAAAGACUAAGAGAAAAAAGAGCCCAAAAGAAAAAAACUAGUGGCAAGGAUGCUGAAAAGCAACAAACGAGUACAGACGCCCCACUAUCCGAGGCAAAAUCUAUCCAUAAUGAAAAUAUUAAAGUUCUGCAGGGAAUGAGUGAUGAACAAAUCGUGCAAGAACGUGAGGAUCUGUAUAACUCUUUAGAUCCCAAACUGAUUGCCAAGCUAUUGAAAAACAUAAAUAAAAGAGCGAAGGACGAAAACAACACUCCAUUAUUUGCAGAAAUAGAAGGCGCUUCUGGUACCUGGGUAGGUGGCAACAAGCAAGGCAUAUACGAUCUACCACCGUUAGACGAUGAAGAUGUAGACGUUGCCUUAGAAAUUAGGCCUAUGUUAGGCAAAGAUGCAAAACAUGUUCAAUUUGAAGAAGCAGGAAAAGAAAAAGACGUGGAAGAAGAAGCAAAAACUAAUGAUGACGUCGAUGAUAUCGCACCCUUAGAUUUCCAGAUGGCACAAUGCAUUGAUCAUAUGAAAAAUGAAGAGCUAUUCAAAGACGUUCAUUUUAUCAAAGAGGAGAGCCAAAAUGAAAUCAAUUUAGAGAAACUUGAUAUAAAUGAUCCUAAUUUCAACGAUAAAUUACACGAAAAAUACUUCCCUGAUUUGCCCAAAGAGGUCGACAAAUUAAAAUGGAUGCAACCGGUUCAGCAAAAAACAGACAAGAAUUACAUCAUUGAAGACGUAUCUGAAUGUAGGUUUGACUUUAAUGGCGACCUUGUUCCACCCACAAGACAAAUAGACUCUACCAUUCACUCAGGGUUGCACCAUCACAGCGACUCGCCUGAACUCGCCGGUUACACCAUAGUGGAGUUAGAACAUUUAGCAAGAUCCACUUUUCCUUCUCAAAGGUGCAUUGCUAUACAAACUUUGGGGAGAAUACUUUAUAAGCUAGGCCAAAAAAGCUACUACCAGCUAGUGCCAGAAAUAGAUGCAGACACAUACAAGGAAGACGGAAGCAUAUCGAACGUUAUGGAUAAGAUCUAUUCCAUGUUUUGGGACUUGAUUAAAGACGGAAAAGUCAUCGAAUCCUUAGAAAUCUCCUCUGAUGAGAAAUUCACUAGAAAUUUGUCAGUCAGAAAUUAUGCUAUUGAUGCACUUUGGUUAUGGAAACAAGGCGGUGGGGACUUCCGAACCAAGAAAUAG